AUGACACAACGUACUGGACAUCCCGUACCAAUAACAAUUAUUUCAGCAAUGAAAUAUUUACGACGUACAUCUAUUGAUAGUGUUGGCAUAUUUCGUAAACCUGGUGUAUCUCAUCGUAUAAAACGUCUUCAUGAUUUAAUAGAAUCUGAUCUUGACUUUCAUAAAUUUGAUGAUUUUAGUCCAUAUGAUGUAUCCGAUGUAUUAAAACAAUAUUAUCGCUUUUUACCUGAAUGUUUAUUUACAACAAAAUUAUCUCCUUUGUUUCUUCAUAUAAAUGAUCAUUUUUCAUCUCCUGAUAAAACUUUUACAAAAAUAAAUAAUGAACGUCGUUUACUCGCUUUACAAUAUGCUAUUCUUUUAUUACCUGAUGAAAAUCGUCUUGUUUUACAUUUACUUUUAUCAUUUUUAAAUGAUGUUUCAAAGCAUUCGAAAACAAAUCAAAUGAGUUCAAUUAAUCUUGCAACAUGUUUUGCUCCAACAUUAUUUUCAUUUAAUAAUUGUAAUAAAAUUUCAUCAAAUGGUGUGCCUGAUUCAAGAGAAAUUCAAGAACAACGCAAAGCAAUGGAUAUACUUGCAUUUAUGAUUGAUCAUGUUCGUUUAUUAUUUAUUGUACCUAAUGAAUUACAUCAAGCAUGUCAUUUUUCUUAUAUUGAAAUUGGUGAACCAUGUACACUUGAAGAAUUAUCACGUCGUAUUAUAGAUCCAACAAUAAUCGGUCCAAGUGUUAAUAAAUAUCAUCGUUAUUUAUUAAGUAAACGUACAAUACAACAACAUGCUAAAGAAAUAGGUACCAUAUCAGCAUCAGAUUCUAUUGGUUCAUUAUCAUCAUCAUCAUGUGAAAAUAUACUUUUAAAUGUUAAUAAUAAUAAUAAUAAUAAUAAUAAUAACAAUGUAAAAUUAAUUAAAACAAAAAUGAAUACAUCAUAUCAAAAUUUUAUUGAUCGUUGUAUAAUUGAAGUAAUGCGUGAAUCAUGCUAUACAAAAUUAAAAGGAUGGACAUCAUUUGGAAAAAAUAAUGAGAUAGAAUUAGCAUGUAAAAAAUUAGAUGAUGGACAUCCACUUAGUUUAUGGAAAUGUUCAAUUGAAAUUGAAGCACCACCUAUUGAAAUUCUUAAUCGACUUUUAAAUGAAAGACAUUUAUGGGAUGAUGCAUCUCGAUACUUUUGUGAAGUACGUAGUUGGAGAACAAAUAUUCAAUUAAAUACAGAUUGCAAUUAUCAACGUAAUAUAUUAUUAACAAAUCGUCCUGUUGGUGCAUCAUUAUCGACUUCAUCAAGUGCUAUUGGAUCAUUUAUUUCAACACAAAAUCAUCAACGACGAGAAGCUUGUGUUCUUGUUUGUACAUCUAUUGAACAUCCGAAAGCGCAUUGUCCACCUAAACUUGUUCGUGCAGUUACAUUGGCUUCACGAUAUUUAAUUCAAUCUUAUGGAUGUGGAAAAUCUAAAGUAACACAUUUAAGUCGUGUUGAUUUAAUGGGACGUUCUCAUGACUGGUAUUCAAAAGUUUACGGUUCAAUAUUAACUCGAUCGAUGAUGAAACUUCGCGAUUCCUUUGUUCAUAUAAAUACAGGACCUGAAACAAAAGUCUGA